AUGGCCAACCCGACACCGAUUGGAUUGCCACGCAGUCAGGCCGUAGCUUUCUCGUCCGUGACCGUGCAUCGCCGACAGUGGCUGCAGUGAGUGUCUCGACUCCUGCCUCUGCGGAAAGGCAGGGUACUGAUUGAAUUGCUUUCAUUCCUUUGAAGCUAAGUUCCUGUCAAAGUCGACUAUACCGACCUCAUUCCAAUCAUGGCCUUCUUUAUGGGCGACCUCGAGGGACGCGGGGCGCACGAUUACUUGGGCGAGCGGAUAGGAACACGGGCCGGCUCUGGACCGAGAUGUAUUGGCGGUACGAGGACAUGCAAGCGUGUGAGUUCCACCUUCCCCUCUCGUCUUGCACCUUCCCCUCGCUUGAAGAAGAGCCCGGAAGUUUGAAGAGUGGGUUCACUGAUCAUCUCAAGAUGCGGCGGGCAGACUUCCUGCGCUUGGACCUCGAGUAA